GCGCGCGAGCACACGCUUUUAUCGUGAAUAAUUUGUGCAGUUUGUAUUUUUCAACGUAAACAAUUAGUUAAUUUAAAUAAAACGUAAUGGAUGAACAAUUUAUUGAAUCAGUAAAAAAAUAUCCAUGUCUAUGGAACACAUCAAUAGAUACCUAUAAACUUACUGACGUCAAAGAUGCAGCUUGGGAGAACGUUUUGAAAGAAACUCAAUUAUCUGACGUAAAAACGGCUAAAUCUAAGUGGAAAAAGUUGAGAGACAGCCACCGGGACGCAUUAAAAAGGAAGAAUGCCACUAGAAGUGGACAGAGUGGUAAACAAAUUCGUGAAUGGAAAUAUGAGAAGGUAAUGGAAUUUUUGAUACCAUAUAUGACGAAUAGAAACAGGACUACAAAUUAUACCUCACAAACAAAUAUAAAUGAACAGGAAACAAAUUCAUUGGAAAGUAAUGUAACCGAUGAGUUUUUUGAAACAUCAAGCAAUCAUACAAGAAGCACUCCAGAAGAUCGUCCAUCUGUACAACAUUCGCCGUCACCGACAUCAAGCGUCUCAGCCUCGACAUGCAGAAAUGCAACAAGAAAAUCGGAUGAAAUAAGUAAUUUACUUAUACAGCACCAUGCAAACCGUGAGAAUACGCCAAGAAAAACUAGAAAUACAAUCAUUGAUAGAGAAAAAUAAUACCCUUGACGAAAUGGACACUUUUUUCUGUCGAUAUCAAAAAGUGUAAAAAAGCUUUCUCAAUAUAUGCAGCUUCAGGCUAAACGUAAAAUUUUCAAUGUUCUUUUAGAAUUGGAAGAACUUGAGCUACAAAACACAUGGUAUAACACAAAUGAAAAUAAUUGGUAUUCCCCCGGUUACACUUCAGCACCGGGUCCAAGUUCGACACCGGGUCCUAGCUCAACACAGGCACCGGUUCUUACAUCAACACAGGCCGGUGGUCCUAACUCAACACAGGCACCGGUUCCUAGCUCAACACAAAUACCGGGUCCAAGUUCGACACAGGCACCUGUUCCAAGCUUGGAAGAUACGCACAUGACCGAUGAACAGAUAGAAGCAUUCAGAAACGAAGAAGACACAUAUGAUAAUUUGUAACUAUAUGGAAAAGAAAGCAAUAUGUCUCAUGUGAUUUACUGUUAUAAUUUUUUUUGUAUGUUAUGUUUCUAAUAUAACCUUACGUUUUUUUUGCUACUGCCAGAACGGCAGUUGAUUUUUUUGUUUUCUUUAUGAAUAAAUAAGAUUAUAUAAAAAUAUAUUUGGUUUUUACAUAAUAUGCAUCACUCCAGUCUCCCGGAGGGGUAGAAAGAGACAACGGAUCUCGAUUUCUCGUAAUCCUUACAUACCUCAGUUUACAUAAUAUUUUUCAUGUAUUCUCCUACUUCUUGAUUCUCGUUUUGAGUACUUCUCACUUAGCCCUUUUACACAAAAAAAAACAAACACUCAAAAAAGACUGAUCACAUUCAAACGCAGAUAACACACAUAAACACAAACACACAUUAACAAAAAAAUAAUUAGGUAGGUACUUACUUCA